UCCCUAACGGAAAUAUGCAAAUACAUGGUAGAACGCGCCAAUUGGCUCUCGCUAGCUCGUGCUUGGCUCUGCCCACCUUGAUUAAUUGUUCUGCUCAGUAUGAUUAAUUUGCUUCCGAUUGAAAUGACAGACUGUGGUCUAUCUUGGGUUAGUUAUAAAAAUCUUUGCUCACUGUUUAUCGAAUCCCAUGGUGAGACUUUUUUUUCAAGUCGACACUAUUUGGCAUGAUAGUCCCCAUCGAUUUUUGAUAGCCAUUCUCACUCAGAUAUGACAUUAAGAUGGCAUAAGUCAUUACAAAAUGUGUAGAAAUGCAGGAGAUGAACUUAAAAACGUAAAAAGUACCCCGAAAGCACAGAACUGGCCCUGAGUAGAAUAGAGUAAAAUACACUAAAAUAGAAUAGAAGUUCACCAGUAUCUGAUUGGUUUUGUUAAAGAUGAAAAUGACACCAAGGAAAAUGUCCUAAUAGUUCACUUCUCCUUAAAACCUCAUCAUUCACAUUCUCAGAGCUCGCGCUGCUGGGGUAGAGAGUAGAGUGAUGUUGUUUUUGUGUACAGCCCCGGAGGCCAGUUGCUACGGGUAACGGCUUUGGUGACACAGGUAAUUGUUCUCUAGUCGUCUCAUCUCGGAUGUCCGGUGCGUCUUUACACCGCUGUUUACGUUGAUCGAUAAGAGUGAUAUCGAUCUGAUACGGAUCUGGGAGUCUUUGUACCGAACAUUAGUCCACUAAUCGGUCAACAAACCGUUGGAAGUUUUUGAAGUCGGCCCGCUGGCUCAUCUGAGUAUCCGGAAAUGAUCCUGGUUCAGAACGCUCACAUCAGGAAGUUAGUUCUACUACACGCGAUCUAUGUAUGUGCGCAAUCAAACACCUAUUGUUUUCAUGCAACCAUUUAGGCUGUAGACUAUGAAAUAUUUUAUUUCAUGCAAACAACGUUGAAAUGUACAGAAAAAGUAUUUGGUAAAUAAUAUUGUUUAGUCUAACUACCUGUCACCUCUUUUUUUUUGUCUAUCCGUUCGCAGGUUAGCGUUUUUUCAUUCCUGGAUCUUGUUCUGGAGAUAGCUCUGCAUAGUGGUCACUAGCUGACACCAAAUCAUACAAUCUGAUUUUAAACCUAACCCUAACCUUAACUACACUGCUAACCCUAAUGCCAAUUUUUUGAUGUUGACAAUAUAGACAUUUUGAAAUUUGCAGCUGGUCAUUCAAAGGGAAAAUCGCUCAGUACGGCCUCCAGGACAAGACUCAUGACAAUAAACGUCAACCUGCUAUUUAUUUGUCAGCUGAUGUGAGUGUGUGUGUGUGUGUGUGUGUGUCAUAUUGUGUGUAACCUAGUGUUUUUUCUAUAGAGUGUGUGUUAUGGUGUGAGUCUGUUAUAGAGUGUGUGUUGUAAAGUGUGUAUUAUAGACUUUGUGUGUUGUAUUAUCAGUGUGUGUAGCCUAGUGUGUGGGUGCGUGUGUGUGUGUGAGUGUCUGUGUUGUAAGAUAUGCGUGUUGCAGAGUGUGUGUUAUAGUAUGUUUUAGUAUGCGUGUGUGUUAUAGAGUGUGUGUUGCAGAGUGUGUGUAGCCUAGUGUGUGUUAUUAUAGAGUGUGUGUUGCAGAGUGUGUCUAGCCUAGUGUGUGUUAUUAUAGAGUGUGUGUUGCAGAGUGUGUGUAGCCUAGUGUGUGUUAUUAUAGAGUGAGUGUUGCAGAGUGUGUGUAGCCUAGUGUGUGUUAUUAUAGAGUGUGUGUUGCAGAGUGUGUGUAGCCUAGUGUGUGUUAUUAUAGAGUGUGUGUUGCAGAGUUUGUGUAGCCUAGUGUGUGUUAUUAAAGAGUGUGUGUUGCAGUGUGUGUGUAGCCUAGUGUGUGUUAUGGAGAAGUAUGAGAACUUGGGUAUGGUCGGCGAGGGAAGCUACGGCAUGGUCAUGAAGUGUCGUCACAAGGAGAACGGGAGGAUCGUGGCCGUUAAGAAGUUUCUGGAGUCAGAGGACGACAAGACAGUCAAGAAGAUCGCUUUGAGAGAGAUCAAGAUGUUGAAGCAACUGCGCCAUGAGAACCUUGUCAACCUGCUGGAGGUGUGGAAAAAGAGACGUCGCUGGUACCUGGUGUUUGAGUUCGUAGAACGUACGGUGCUAGAUGACCUAGAACAGAGUCCAACGGGACUAGACUACAGCCGCCUAAGAAGAUACGUCUACCAGAUACUACGGGCUAUCUCCUUCUGCCAUCAACACAAUAUCAUCCAUAGGGACAUCAAGCCAGAGAACAUCCUGGUAUCUCAGGGAGGGGUGGUCAAGCUGUGUGACUUCGGGUUCGCCAGGACAAUGGCUGCACCAGGAGAGAAUUACACGGACUACGUAGCAACACGCUGGUAUAGGGCCCCAGAACUACUGGUGGGGGACACCAAGUACGGGAAGGCGGUAGAUGUGUGGGCUGCAGGCUGUCUCUUCGUAGAGAUGUUGACAGGAGAACCUCUGUUUCCUGGAGACUCUGACAUCGACCAGUUAUACCACAUCAUCAGGUGCUUUGGAAACCUGACCCCUCCCCACCAGGAGUUGUUCUAUAAGAACCCAGUGUUUUCAGGAGUCAGUCUACCGGAAGUGACAGAGACAGAGCCUCUUCAACAACGAUAUCCCAAACUGUCCACUACCGCUAGAGACCUUACACAGAGGUGUCUUCAGAUGGAUCCAGACAGGAGGUCACAGUGUUCUGACCUGCUGCAGCACCAACUCUUCACUAACGAUGGCUUCCACCUCAGGUUUGUCCAGGAGUUGAAUGCUAAAAUCCAGAAGGAUCAGAAAGAGAACUCUCCCCUUCCCAAGAUGAACAAGACUAUCAAGAAAGACAAGGAGGAAGUAGAGGAGAGGACUGGGAAGUACAAGGUCAGACACACACACACAUGGAGGACUCCAGCAGUACAACAGUCAAAGUGAACGUCACCAAACCAGACGUCACCAAACUCUCCAAAGCUCCAACCACCACAGAGUCUAAACCCCGAGACCCGGACAAGACAAUAGAGUCAACCACUACUAUGACCACUACUGCAGCUGGUAAACCUGAGAAGGCUGACUGGACCACAGAG